AUAAAAUAUCUUUAUAAAUGGAUUUGAAGGUCAUCUUUUUCUCUGUAUUUUCUUCCUAUCGUUCUUCCUUUUUGCCGGCAGUGUUUAGUCCGAUAUUGAAGUUGCAUUAGUGUGCUUUCCAACACUGAAUUGAAUAAUUAUAGUGAUAACAGUUAAUGAUUAAGCCAGUGAUUGUUCAGUAGGAGGUAUGAGCAGAUCGAGGAAAUUAACACUGCCAGUUUGCUUACGCGUCAUUUCCAAAGGAUGCCACGUGAUCAAUGAUCAUUUACUCUUUACAUUUAAAUGCUAAAAGUUGAAUGCUAUAAGACUCACAAGUUCACUACUCAGUUCAUGAAAUUCUUAAUCGUAGAGUGAAUUUUGGCCUUUGAGAUAAUAGGUUGAAAUCCAAGGUUGGGGUCAUCUGCUCAAAUAAUUAACGUUUAGGUGCUCAUUUCGGAAAGACUUCAAUUUUAGGGUAUUUCUAUAUCCUUUCUCUUUCAUUUCUUCUCUUUCUAGGUUAUGGUGGAAGGCAUAGAACAGAAUAACCACAUAGCCUCCACACUUUUUCUCUCGUGUGGGAGUUGCAGUGCGCCAUAUAUAUACUGAAGAGAAAGAUGAACUGAGUAGACGAUGCUGAUGGCGAGUUCAAGAGAAGGUCAACAAGCCAAGCAAGAAGGUGGCGCCAUUAAUAUUGACAAGUUUUCCAAGGCAUCCUCCAGUACAAGACAAUGGUCAGCGUUUAGAAAUCCAAGAAUUGUGAGAGUGUCACGUUCUUUCGGAGGAAAAGAUAGGCACAGCAAGGUUUGCACCAUAAGAGGGUUGAGGGACAGAAGGAUUAGGCUCUCGGUGCCCACAGCAAUUCAGCUAUAUGAUCUUCAAGACAAGCUUGGGCUCAACCAACCCAGCAAAGUGAUAGAUUGGCUGCUUGAAGCAACUAAACUCGACAUUGACAAGCUCCCUCCACUUCAAUUCCCUCAGGGUUUUGGUCAAUUUCAUCAUCCACAAACCCUACUCCCCUUUCAUGAUUCAAGUUCCUCUCAGCUUUCUCUCGGACCCUUCGGUGAAUCUAGCUCCUCAUUUGUAAGGGAUGGUGGGGUUCAAAACUCCAUGGCAAAGUCAAGGUAUUGGGACAGUAUAGAUUCAAUAUCCAGAUUGAAAGGCAAGGAAGGUGAAAAGGGCAAGUGGGUCAAAACAAACGAGGAAGAAAAUCAAGAAGAUGAUGUUGUUGGAAGCUACAGCAACUUGCAUGCAUCUACUCAGAGGCUUUUUCCUAUGGGUAGUGGUACCACCACUACUCACUCACUUUUACCUGGUUUGUUAAACAAUACCAUGCCAUAUAACCCCUACAACGCUGAGCCUUCUGGUUUGUCGUUAUCCCAAUUUGGAGGCCAUGGCUUGUUUCCUUCCCAGCAGGUAGAUCCCGGACCAAGCAGCGCAAAUGGUGUUCAAUUCCCAUCUUCUUUGGCAUUACCUUCAUCUGCUUCUCAAUUUUUCCUUGGUUCAUCUUCUGCUACACCACCAAUGUUCACUACCUAUGCUCCAUAUCUUACACCCUCACUUGACAAUGAUCCUAGACAGUUCAACCACAUUCAGUUCUUGAACUCAGCUUCUCAAAUCUUGCCUCAUCCUCUCAUUCCAUCUCUUCACUCCUUGAAUCCACAUGUCAGACCCUUCCCAGCAACACCCUUCAGUUCAAAGCUUUUGGAGUCAGAUAGCAUCCGCAGCCAACAUGAUAAGGAUAGCUCUUCUUGAGUCUCCUCACCAUUGUUCUUUCCCAGGUGUCAGAUUGUUGCCUCUAAUAAGCAGGCAGCAACGGAUGUGAGCAGAUCCUUCAUAGAAAUCACUCAAGAAUCUAACUCACAUUAUAUUUUAUACACUUGAACCAAGGUGAGUACAUGCACGUUUGUAGGUAUGGCAAUGCUAGCUAUGCAUAUGGGAUGAAUAUUUUGUAUUUGAAUCUUUCUUAUUUCAGUUAUAGGUACCUUGUUGAGAAACCAUUCUGGGUACACGUUACAAUAAGUACCGAACUAAAUGAAGGAGUUCUCUUUCUUUCUUC